AGCAGACAUUGCAUUUCAUUAGUUUGCUACUCCGGUUUGAUUUUGCGAUUGUCCGAAAGACGGUGUUAAGAAGAUAAGGUCGAGCUUCUAAAAAAAUGGCUGUCAGUUAUUUUUCGGAUUGUAUUACUUGUCCCAGUUCAUUUUCGAAACCUGCGCCAAAUUAUUUUCUCUAUACACCCUGUAACUGCCCGGUGGGAGACCACCUUCGUCAGCAAUCCGAUGGGUUGUUCAGUAAACCGAAGCGCUACAAAACCACUCGAAGGAUCCGCUACUUGGCUCAUCCACGGUGGGUUCGCACCAAGUUUUCUCGCCACGCGGUAGUGCCUCGAAGGCAAGAGACCGAAAUUGUCCGUUCGUAUAAAGAACCAUAUGCUUCGAGACGCAUCCAGCAGUUGGCCUUACCGCGUGUCCGGAAUCUGAUCGCCGUUCACCAGGAAUACCGACAACUGUUAGAGCGAUGGCGGCAGGAACAGUUGAAGAAAAAGAUGAAGCAAAGUUCCCUCACCAUUUACUCACAGCUGGCGGGCGUGGAACUUCCGAAAAUUCGUGAUGCUAAAUUCAUGUCCCCGGACGACUGGCAAAGACACAAGGAUUGGUUGGAAUUGAAUGCACUACCGAAAAAGCUUCCCGCUCCGUGUAGGGAAAAGCGAAAACAGAAACCGCUGACCGUGCUUCUAGUGCGGCUCGAAAGUCUGGCAGCACCCAGAUAUACGCGAAGAAAGAUAACCAAGAAAGAACUUGCUAAUCUGAAAAAGAUUCCAUCCGUGAAACCAGCCGCCCUGAAGGCAACCGCAUCGGAACAUGUGUUGAAGCUUGCCGAACCCAUCGAACGGCGUCGGCGAGCGAAAGGAAUACAAGUGGAAGACACACGCAUACCGGAGAGUGUCUUGAAAAUGCAAGCCUCGGAUCGACUGUUAGAGUUGGCCGUGCCGAAACGCUACACAAAGGUGAACAACGAAUACCGAGACAAUCCGUUCACAGUGGAACCAAAUGCACUCAAAGCGAAGGCUAGCGAUCGUGUACAGGAGCUCGCAAAACCAAAGGCAAAAAAAUAACGCGUGGAGAAUAGACAUUAGACCAUUAGAGUCGUGUAUGGCCGAGGGCUGACUAAGUUGUUUAUUGUCGUCCAGCAAGGAUACAGGAGCUACAGCCGAGUGCUACCAUUUCGAGAGGUAUUGGAUAUUACAAAAUUAGCAUCGUCCGAAGAGGGAUUUAAAUUCUUUCAAGAUUAUUCGGUAACACGGACACAGGAAAAUUUCGUUUUUGUUGAUUUCCAGUUCAUUAGCGGUAUCAUUUGCUUCGCGUGAGGUUUUAUGCUUUUGAUACUCAACUUUUACUGUUUCAUUUCGAUGGCAUCAUAAAAUCGAUCGACGACGUAUCCUUCACUCCUUUGGUAGGUUUAAAUAAAUAAGAUUUGAGGUUUCGUUUUAAAAACAUCUCGACUAAUUAAACACUAUCAACAACACUAUGCAUUCAUUUUUGUGUGGGAUCGGUCAGAGAGGCUUCAUGAAGCUAGACUCGAAAUAGAAUAAAUUAUCGAAGCUAAAGAAAAGAAAAUUUAUGGAACUGAUAAGAAAUAGAAAAGUACUGUGACUCCGCAGGAUUCUCGAGAAACUCAGACUCGGAGAGAAAAAAAGCAUAAUUUGGUUCCUAAAACAGAAUGUCGUUGGUUCGUCCUUAGGAAACCACUACCUUACAUCCUUGUUCCGGCCGUAUUUUAUAGGCAGCUUUAUCCGGACUAGGGCCUUGAAAAGUCUUGCUAAUAGCGGGCAUUGUUUAUCGGAGAUUGUGGAUGACGGCUUGAGUGAACUCGUUGGUAGUGUUCUGGCCACCGAGAUCCUUGGUCCGAAUCUUGCCGGAGCGCAGCACAUUCUGUACCGCCUGGAAAAUCAUCUGGCUGUACGGUAGCAAGUUAACAUGGCGCAACAUCUUCGACGAGCACAGCAGCAUGGCUGUCGGAUUGGCAAUGUUUUUGCCCACACCUUCCGCAAACGU